UUUUUGCAGUUUUUUGCAGAACUCGAACGAACACGUUUAUCCAGGGGCGGCCAAAACAUAGUAAUUUUGACGAGCCAAUAAUUUAGUAAUUUUCCAAAAAGUGCCUAAAACGGCGUUUUUGACCAUUUUUUUAAACAAAAUUUCAAGUCCCCCCCUCCCACUACUCACUACCCCUAUGCUCCCCACGCCCCUAACCACGUAUCAACCCCCCAUUCCCUAAACAACGUACCACCCCCGUCCCCACGUACCCCAAAAAAAUUACUUGCUACCAAAAUUUGCCAAAAAUCGAUAUAAGUUGAUCCAAAGUUUUCUGGAUGAGUCGAGUUAAAUCUUUUUAAAACCCAUUUCCAAUUCUUAUAUGUACAUGAUUGAUCAAUUUCUCAAUUUGAAUCGAUUUUAAAAAGAUCGAAAACAGAUUUAAGUCCAUACAAAACCGUCUUUGUCAAAAACCCAGUAUGCUUUUGCUUCCUGUCUUCUGUCGAUAACAAACCAGUUUCUUCUAUUUCGAUUUCAAACUGGGCACUGAUAAAACCACAAAUAGCCUUUAGAGUGAUCGAAAGCGCUUCUUGUCGAUCACAUUUCUGUCAUAUUUUUUGCAACUAGAGUUUUAUCGACCAUCAAAAAUGAGUUUCAAUUCCUCAACUAGUCUGGCUGUGAGUUCGGGGCCGAAGGUGAGCCCCUAUGCCAGUUUGGAGUACAGUCCAAUGCACUGUAUAGCUGUCAUGGUGUAUACUGCUCUCUCGGGAGUUGUCGGCACUUUCGCGAACUCUUUGAUCACAGCUGUCUAUAUAAUGAAACAGAUGAAGUGUCCCCACGAAAUAUUCAUGCUGACUGUUGCCGGAAUAAAUUUGUUUGGCUCUUGCGUCUUCAUUCCAUGGGAGAUCAUUGUCGUGUGGUCGGGGAGUCAUUCCUGCAACAACCCCCCGAACUACAUAAUCAUUUUCAGCAUGUUCCUCGAAUGCGCGUCCGCCCUUCUAUUUCUGAGCAUAGCGCUGGACCGAUACUUCGCAAUUUGCUGGGCAACUCAUUAUAUAAUGAAUCCAAAGAAAGCUAUGUUCUUGAGCGGCGGUUCGAUUCUCUUGUCGGUCGUUUUGUCUUUGGUUACCGUUGUCCACACAAAAUUAAUCUACCUUCCUCAUCUUAUUUAUCCGCUAGUUCUUUUCCUGGUUUUGGGCAUUAUUAUUAUCCUCUAUCUUCUCGUCUUCAGAAAAGUUAACAAGCAGGCUAAAAAAGCGCGUGAACAAAGAUUGAAGAAACAAGAAAUCAUGCAGCGCAGUCAGAUUUCACGCGCUGAAAGCAACAAUCAAAAUGAAGAGCACGACGACAACACGAAAAACGUGAAAUUUUCGGAAAAGACCAAAAAAUUGGAUCCACAUUUGAAAAUUGAGACUCCAAAUUUGCGAGGUGUGAACGGAAGUGCGAAAAGUGGUGAUCAAAACGCAGCAAAUGUCGGCAAGGAAAAACACAUUAUGGAAGAAAUGCGUGACAAAACUGUUAAAAUUCUCAUCAGCGUCACGCUUGUGUAUAUUUUCUGUUUCGUUCCCGCCUCCAUUGUCAAUUUCCUAUUUUUCGUAAUACCCGAACACUUCGCCGGAAUGUCGGGAGGCAGCGCCAUGGUCGUCAAAACUGUUCAACUCGGCUACUACCUCAACUUCGCCCUGUCGCCGAUUGUUUACGCAGCGCUCAGCGGGAGGUUUCGCGAAGACACCCGCGUCAUUAUUCUGAAGCGACAACCAAAGUCAGUCGUGCAGGAAAGGAAACUUACUAUGGUCACGCGUGAAGCCGAAGUCUAAUUUAUGGGAAAAAAUUAAAGGUGGAAACUAAAUACUAAAAGCUUUCAGUUAGAACUCAGAAAACGCAGAGCUAAAUUAAAAACAGAUCGCAUUAAAAAACAGAGGUAUUUUCGAUUGUACACCCCCCACCAAUGAUGAAAUGUCGAAAUCAAAAUUAUAACUGCAAAAGUUAAUCGACAUUACAAAGAAGUGCUGGCUUUCAAUUUGGUGCAGGCCUAAACGAAGCUAUUUGUCUAGUUUAGCCUGAAACAGGUCCUUUUCCCUUGUUUUGUUGCCGUUUUAUAAAUUUCUUGUAUAAAUUCCUUUUAUAAAUUUCACUCAAAUAUGAGUCCAAAUGCGGGUGGGAUUGGAUAUAAUCGAAAAAAGCCAAAAUACAGAUAGCUUUUUCAAUGACAUUACUUAUUAAAAAAUCAUAAAUAUGUUAUUAGCUUACUAUCUUUCUCCGCAUGUACUGGUAUUCCUUGAAUUUAUAAAGGUAAACCUUCUUUAUAGAUCUUCUACGAAUAGCAGAAACCUCAAUUAUUAUGUUUUUAUAGGCUGUACCUACAAAUGCUAAGAAAGGCGAUCAACAAUUCCAAAUUACAACAGUACCGAAACUGA